CUCAGCUUAGGCACUUAGCUUGUACAAUCUGCUCGAGCUUUGGGGCCAGAGGAGGAAGAGGCGGAGGCAGCACCAUCAUCAUGGUUGCUGAUCCUGCACGAGUGUAUGUCGUCUCGGGUGGAUCGUCGGGGAGGGACAAUACCAAUGCAUCUUCCAACUCUACCUCCCUGCCUGACCUCCUGCGACGACAAGGAUCCUCCAACAAGCGCUCAAAGCGGCCCUCGUCAAAGUCUAAAGCAUCUCUGGCACGUGAUGCAGAGCUCGCGAAGAUCGAGCUGAUUCAGGAUUUUGAAUUUCCAGAAGCGAGCAACAGGGUCACCACCAGCAAUGAUGGCCAAUUUGUCGUGGCGACGGGGACGUACAAACCUCAGAUUCGCGUUUGGGAGUGCGAUCAACUCAGCUUGAAGUUUGAGCGGCACACAGAGGCAGAGAACGUCGACUUUCUGCUCCUCUCGGACGACUGGACCAAGUCCUUACAUCUGCAAAGCGACAGGUCUGUCGAACUCCACUCGCAAGGCGGCACAUAUGCACGAGUACGAAUACCCAAGUUUGGUCGAGCAUUGGGGUAUCACUUCCCCUCUGCUGACGCGAUCGUCGGUGCGGUAGGCAACGAAGUCUACCGGCUGAAUCUUGAUCAAGGGCGUUUCCUUGCCCCCUUUGUUCUCGAAGGUUUCGGCAGCAGUGCAGCGGCUGGAGUGGGCGGUGAAGUACUUGGUGUCAACAGCGUCGACGUCAACCCAGCACAUGGGCUGCUUGCUUUCGGCACCGACGGCGCAGGCAUCGUCGAACUCUGGGAUCCGCGAUGGCGACGCAAAGUGGGAGCGCUGAGUGUGGCUACGCGAACCGUGCUUGACUCAGCUUGGCAUUCCACGCGCUCCGCACUGCCUGGAAUUUUCGAUUCGAAGAAAGAAGCGAACGCCGCUGCGUCAGGGUUAUCCGUCACAGCACUCAGCAGCGCGCAAGAUGGCCUCAACAUGGCAGUCGGCACGUCCACUGGACAUGUAUUGCUCUACGAUCUGAGAAUGGCGCGAGCAUACUCCACCAAAGACCAGGGGUUCAGCUUACCCAUCAAGUCCCUCUGCUGGCCCGGUGACCGCUCUUCAAAGUCCUACUAUGGAGGCGCGCGCCAAGUCGCCGGGACGCGAGCCGAGGCGGAGGGGACAGUGCUCAGUGCGGACGCCAAGGUAGUCAAGGUCUGGAAGAAAGAGACGCCCGGCGAGAACGUUGUGACUAUCACGCCGCCCUCUUCAGCGGCAGAUCUCAACGACAUUCACCAGGUCCCCGGCACUGGUCUGCUAUUGGCCGCUGUCGAGGGAACGCAGAUGGCAGCAUGGUACGUGCCGACGCUCGGCCCUGCGCCUCGAUGGUGCAACUUCAUCGACACACUUACCGACGAGAUGGACGGCGACGUGAGCGGCGCUGGCGCGCGUGGCGUGUACGAGGACUUCAAGUUCGUCGAUAAGGCUGAACUCAAGCGUCUCGGCAUGGAUAACCUCAUUGGCACGGAUCUACUAAGGCCCUAUAUGCACGGCUACUUCGUCGCCCUUGGCCUAUACGAGAAAGCACGACUGGUCGCGAACCCAACAGCAUACGCCGAUGCGCGCGAGAGAGCAAUCAAGACCAAGCUUGAGAAGGAGGCCGAGUCGCGUAUCCGUGGCGCCGGAAAGACUGCCGCAGCUAGCAAGCUCAGCGCCAAUGUCAAGGUCAACAAGGAUCUCGCCGCCAAACUCGAGAAGCAAAGGGCGCGUGCAGAGGCGCGACGGGCCAAAGCGGCUACUGACCCGGCGGGAGAGGCCUCUGUGGAGGUUUCACAGAGCGGCAAGGCCGCGUCUGCAAACCUGCUGGACGAUGCCCGUUUCAAGGCCCUCUUCACCAAUCCCGAGUUUCAAGUCGACACCACGAGCAGGGAGUAUGCCUUACUCAACCCGAGCACGGUGGCGCGGGAGGCGUUCAAUCUCGAUCGGGCGGGAGACGCAGAGAAAGUUCCGCGGAAGCGAACUGCUGUCGAGGAAGAAGAGCUCGAGGCUGAGAAUGACACCGAUUCCUCGAUGUCAAACCGAGACAGCGAGGAGGACGACGAUCAAGACGAUGAUAGCGAAGCUGACAGCAGCGAUGCAGGGGAUCUGCGCGACGUCGAGAUGCCGAGCAAGAGGAGGAUACCAGCUCAAUCCAGUGCCCCAGCCACUCUCCUGCGCGAUAAUGUCAAGCGCGGGGGUGUUCGCUUGCACAACGGUGACGACGGAGAUGUGGCAGAUGCCUUUAAUCCGGGUGGCUCGCGCCGGCAGUCGUUCCAGGAGCGCAUGAAAGCUCGCAACAAUUCCCGUCACUCUAGCUCGCAGAGCUCCAUCUGGCGUCAAAAGGACAAGGACCAAGGCGAAGAUGGCGGUGGCGAAAUCACCUGGAUGCCGAUGGACGGCGGAUCCAAGGGUACCAGAUGCGGCAAUGACGCGCGACAGGACACGCGCUCAAACGGACGAGGCACAAAGCAAAAGCAAGGCGAAACAUUCGGCGCAGGGCUUUCCAAGGGCGCUGGGUCAGAAGAGGGCAUGGGUGUUGAUACUCUGUCAGAAGAUGCUAGAUUUGGCAGGACGCAUCGCAGGCACACGAGCCGUAGUGCGAGCAAGAAUGCUUUACGGAGAUGAAUCUUUCUGCUGUUUUUGCUUACCGUCACAUACGUAUUUGCCACUGUAUCAUAUCUAUCACGCAUGCAUGUUAAGACAACG